UAUAAUACUGUGAGAGUUGAUCUAUACUAGAGCUAAUCAGCAGCGAUUAGUUUAAUUCUUAAAUGGAAAAUAAAUUUUUAUUUGCAUUAAUUUUAACCUUUUGUGCAAUAUUAAGUACUUGUGCAAAGGUACAAACAAAAUACGAACCAAAUUGGUCAAGUCUAGAUACAAGACCAUUGCCCACUUGGUAUGAUGAAGCCAAAGUUGGUAUAUUCAUACACUGGGGUGUAUACUCAGUACCCAGUAUGGGUUCUGAAUGGUUUUGGACAGAUUGGAAAAAUCUAAAAUAUAAAAAUUACGUUGAUUUUAUGGAGAAGAAUUAUAAACCCGGCUUUACUUAUCAAGAGUUUGCUCAAGAUUUUACUGCUGAGUUAUUUAAUGCCACUCAAUGGUCUCUAUUAUUUAGAGACAGUGGGGCAAAAUAUGUGGUCCUAACCAGUAAACAUCAUGACGGUUAUUGUCUGUGGCCUUCAGAACAAUCAUUCGGUUGGAAUUCUAUGGAUGUUGGACCCAAACGAGACAUAAUAAGAGAACUAUCUUCUGCUUUGCGAAAGAAUACCGAUUUAAAAUUCGGUUUAUAUUAUUCAUUAUUCGAGUGGUUCAAUCGCAUGUAUAUCAAUGAUAAAUUACAUGUAUUUUUACAACAAAAUUAUGUGACAAAUAAAGUUAGACCCGAACAAAAGUAUUUGAUACAAGAAUAUUUGCCUGAAAUUUUAUGGUCCGAUGGAGAUUGGGAAGCACCGGCCAAGUAUUGGAAAUCUGAAGAGUUUAUAGCAUGGCUUUACAAUGACAGUCCAGUGGGUGAUACAAUUGUAACCAAUGAUCGCUGGGGAAUUGGCACUGCUUGUUUACAUGGAGACUUCUAUAAUUGUAAAGAUCGUUUUAAUCCUGGAGUAUUACAGCCUCAUAAAUGGGAAAACGCUUUCACUUUGGAUAAACAGAGUUGGGGUCAACGUUUUGAUUUGACUUUAAAGGAUUUUAUGACAAGUGAAGAAGUCAUACAUCAAGUAGUUACUACCGUCAGUUGUAAUGGUAAUGUUUUGAUCAAUAUAGGACCCACCAAAUACGGCACCAUUUUACCCAUAUUUGAAGAGAGAUUACGUGACAUGGGUGAAUGGUUGAAAAUAAAUGGUGAAGCUAUUUAUGGCACGAAACCUUGGUUAUAUCAAAAUGAUAGCAUCACUCCCUCUAUAUGGUACACUAGCAGGGUGGAGGGUAAUAAACAACUUAUUAAUAUCUAUGCCAUUGUUUUGGAAUAUCCCUAUGAUACUAAUAGUGUAAUUAUAUAUCCUUGGGGCAAUUCAUCUACUGAAUAUUUGAAUAUACAAUUAGUUGGCUUGGAAUUAUUAAAUUCAAUUAAAGAACGUAAUAUCAAUUCAAUAGAAAUGUUGGGUUUGGAGGAUUUGACUAUAAAGUGGGAUUUACAUGGUUCAGCUUUACAUCUAGAAUUCCCACCCAAAAACCUUAUUGAUAAGAGAGGCCUAAAGCAUGCCUGGACUUUUAAAAUUGUCGUUAAUAAUGAAAUAUAAUUUUGUAAAAACUAAGUAGUGUUAGUAUAAUUAUUAAAGAAAUCAUUUCAACAACUGA